UGUCAUCAAAUUUUUUGUUGUGUGGAAUUCCACACUGAUCAAUUGACGAUCUGUUAUCUCAGGUUAUACAUGGGUAAAAACAUUAAUUGAUGAAAUAAAAACGUCCAGGUACCAUUAAAGUGCCAGCGUGGAAUCCAAUUGAAAAAACGAUAUGUAAAAAGAUAAGGCAAUCACGAACAUGUUUUCAAGGCAUCGCUGCUUUCUUAAUUAACGUAACAUGCGUCUAAAACGCACUGUUUUUGUAUUUAUCAGUAUUAUAAUAGCCUGGUUCACUGUGGUGUUCCUGUAUUUCUCUCAAGGUUUCGGAGAGCAGCACAGAAAACUUCUGUUCAACCAAAUAUCCCACUUGGAAAAUGGCAUACAGGAACAGUUUAAGUCAAACAAUGAAAUUAUUAAGGAAACCCGUAAGUUUCUUGAGCAAAAAAAGCAACUCAAUAAAAUAGAAGAAACUGGAGCCAAUCUAUUUACACAGCCCUUAGUCUCCUUGCUUCCGAAAGUGAAUUUUGACUUUCAAGAGAAUAAAUUGCCUGUACUUGUGUUUGCUUGCAAUAGGGUGAGCGUUAGUAGAUGUUUGGAUAAACUGUUGGAAUACAGGCCUGAUCCAGAUAAAUUUCCUAUUAUAGUUAGUCAGGAUUGUGACCAUGAGGAUACAGCGGAUACAAUCCGGAGCUACGGAAAUCAGUUAACCCUUAUCCAACAACCGGACCAAUCAGACAUACAAGUACCACCGAAAGAAAAGAAGUUCAAGGGAUAUUUUAAAAUAGCCCGGCACUACGGUUGGGCUCUAAACCAAAUGUUUUUUAACUUUAAUUUUAGUACUGUAAUUAUCGUUGAAGAUGAUCUGGAGAUUUCUCCUGACUUUUACGAGUAUUUCUUAGGAACUUAUCCGGUGUUAAAGAGGGAUCCGACGCUCUGGUGCGUUAGCGCUUGGAAUGAUAACGGAAAAGAAGGUUUGGUGAAUAGUGAGCGGCCGGAUUUACUUUAUAGAACCGACUUUUUCCCUGGAUUAGGCUGGAUGUUGACUAGGAAUUUGUGGUUGGAAUUGUACACAAAAUGGCCUAGAUCGUAUUGGGACGAUUGGAUCAGAGAACCGGCUCAGAGGAAGGAACGGUCCUGUAUAAGGCCAGAAAUAUCGAGAACUAAGACUUUUGGUAAAAUAGGGGUUUCGAACGGAAUGUAUUUCGAGAAACACUUGAAAUACAUCAAAUUGAACGAAGAAUUUGUGUCCUUCUCUAAAAUGAACUUGACGUAUUUGUUAAAGGAGAACUACGACCGAGACUUCGUAGGUGCAGUCUAUAAAACGCCAGUAGUAAAAUUAGAAGAUCUCAAGAAUAAUAAUAUAAGUGUUGACGGACCAGUACGCCUGAUGUAUAGAAAACUAAAUGAAUACAAAUUUAUUACCAAAAAGUUGGGACUCAUGGAUGAUUUUAGGGGCGGUGUACCACGGAUGGCUUACAGAGGCAUAGUGACUUUCUUUUACAACGGCCGCACGGUUCAUCUUGCCCCAAGUGCAAACUGGCAGGGAUACGAACUCAGUUGGAGUUAACACGCAUCUUAGACCAUUCCUUUUUUCAUAGAGGACUGACUUAGGCCGGUAUUAGACUAUAAAAGAUAUUUGACAAAGAUCUUUUAUAAAACAUUUUGUUUGAUUCUAGUUCUUUUAAGAAAAGUUUUUGAGCAGUAUUACACUAUCAAAGAACUUUGUAAAAUUUAAAGAGAAUCGCGACGUUAUUUUUAUUUAAAAAUGGAUGAAAGACGUGCAUUAGCUUGCGCUGUUGCUAUGAGUGCUGCUGUUGUUACAAUGUGUUAUGUGUUUAGUGUAAAAAGAAAAAAAGAAAAAAACCGUCGACUUUGGGAAAGACCCUGGGUAGCGAGGCGUAAUUUAAGAGGAAUCCAUCAUAAUCUGCUAAGAGAGUUACUAUCUGAAGAUAGUAGGAGUUAUGAAAACUAUUUAAGAAUGGAUCACGAAACAUUUACGUUUAUUGCUUCAAAAAUAGCACCAAUUAUAUCCCGACAAAAUACACACUUAAGGAAUCCUAUCAGCGUUGAGGAACGCCUUAUGGUGACCCUUCGAUUUCUGGCAACUGAAGAGAGUUAUUCCAGUCUUCAAUACAGCAGUCGUAUACCUCAAUGUACCCUAUCAGGCAUAAUCCCGGAAACGUCCAAGGCCAUAUAUCAGGCAUUGAAAAAUGAAUAUCUGAAGGUAUGUAGUAAAAUUACUUUGUAAAAAAUAAUAAAAAUGAUUCUUUAUUUCUAUUUAUAACAAAACUAGAACUUAAAUAGGAACAAAAAAAAUGAAAUAAUACAAAUCAAUAUUUCUUCAAAUAUUUUCUUGCUGAAAAUCUGUGCUUGUCACGUUAGCCAUUCUAAGUGCAUCGCUAAUCAAAUUAUCGGAAUUGGUUAGCCCAUUCUCUUCAUUGAAAUUAUUAUUAAAAUUAUACUCCAACGGAGUAUAACUAUGAUGGGGUGGCUGUGGUAAUGACCUUCAUGAUUCUUGGGAUGAGGCUGGACUUAAUAGCCUGGUCGGUUGAUCAAGAGUAUCCCAAGUAUCCAUUAAUAUUAGUUGAAUUUUGCGUUUUGUUUGCCUUAGUACAAACUCAUUACUGGCUCCCUGUAUCCCACGUAAUUCAGAUACUACAAAUUUCCCGAAAGUAUCUAGGGCAUCAUCCUGUGUUUGAUUAUGCACUGAAGUUUGUUUCACAAUUUUACCCAUUUCUGACAUGGUUGCAGAAGCUUUAACUAGUAGGUCAUCGUAAGGAAUAGAUUUUCUUUUUUUAUUUAUGGAAACCGCUGGUUUUAUGCCAUCUGUAGCAGAUUUGGAAGCUAAAGUUGUAGUUUCUGCCUUUUCACUGGUGUCAUCCUGUAAAUAAAAAAAUGUGUUAGAUAAACUUUUAAAAUAUUUAUUUUUCUUACAGACACCAACAACUAGAGAGGAAUGGGAAAAUAUUGCCAAGGAGUUUGAAAACAAAUGGAAUGUGGUCAAUACAAUUGGAGCAAUGGAUGGAAAACACAUUCGAAUUAAUUGUCCGGAAAUGGGCGGCUCUCAUUUCUUUAACUAUAAGUCUUAUCAUAGUAUCAUAUUAUUUGCUCUCACUGACGCCGACUAUAAAUUUGUGUAUGUAGAUGUUGGAACGAAUGGCAGAAUCGGUGACAGUGGGGUGUUCGCUAAAAGCCAACUAAGAAGAUGCUUACUAGACAGAACAAUAUUAAACAUUCCCGACUGCAAAAAUCUUCCGAACACAAAUAUUACCAUGCCCUAUGUUGUUCUAGCUGAUGACGCGUUUCCUCUGAGCUACAAUGUUAUGAAACCGUAUUCUUUAAAAAAUAUAACUAAGGAAGAAAAAAUAUUUAAUUACAGACUAUCUCGUGGAAGACGAAUGGUCGAAAGUAGCUUCGGAAUAUUAGCAACCCGAUUCAGAGUUUUUUUAACUGCAAUUAAUUUAGCACUUGAAAAAGUUACAUGCAUCACACUUGCUGCUUGCACAUUACAUAAUCUGUUAACUGAAAGACGAAAACAUCUAUAUACACGCCAUGACGUUUUUACUCGAACUGAAAAUGGUUUUCAAUACCAAGACGUUCAUAUCGAUGAAGAUCUUCAGGAAAUGCAAGUUCUUACAAGACAGGUUCAUAUUGGAGGGAACCGCCAUGGUCGAGAAAUAAGAGAUGCAUUUAAAUCAUAUUAUAACGGUUCUGGAAAAGUUCCAUGGCAAGAAAAUUAUAUACAGGGUGAUUCAUUAAUAUUGCACGAAAAUGAAAUGCCGGUUUUUUUGGGUUAAAUUAUGACGAAAAGUUCCUAUAAACAUAUGUCCGAAAGUGCUUCGUUUUCGAGAUACAGGGUGUUCAAAUUUUCUUAAAAAAUCGAUUUUUUAUUAAUAUCUAAGAAAUGCCUUUGCUGUUUGCAAUGUCAUUCACACCAUUUCUGGAUAUCUUAAUGAUGUAUCUUUUUGACAUAUGACAGUUGAUUUGUUAUUCCAGGGACGUGCCCACGGGGUAAGCGGGUUAGGUUUUUUGUACAAAAAAUAGCACCUAGUAGAUUUUUUGAACCUCCUGUACAUUUUUUGGAUGACGCAACUAAAGAUGGAAUUGUUUCAACUCUUGGGUGUUUUUCGUAUCUCCCUCCGUUUUCGAUAAAAAAAUUAGUUUAAUGCAAACGUUUGAAAAAAGAAUAUUUGAACACCCUGUAUCUCGGAAACGAAGCACUUUCGGACAUAUGUUUAUAGGAACUUUUCGUCAUAAUUUAACCCAAAAAAACCGGCAUUUCAUUUUCGUGCAAUAUUAAUGAAUCACCCUGUAUAAUCAUAUAACUUACAUUAUUUUGAUUUAUGGCAUUAUAAAUGUCACUUCCCGCUUGGGAUUGUUCAGACUGGAUUUCUAAAUUGGAUUCUGAUGUAUCAGCUUCUGUUGACUUGUCCAAAAAUUUUAAUAAAGGAAACCAAUACACCUUAGGCUUAUAAACAUCAUGCUCUUCGGCUCCACUUUUUUUGGACUGAAUUACCUGGAGCAUUAAAUAAAAUAAUAAAUAAUUAACUUUUAAUUGUAUUAUAUGUCAAUAAACCAAAAAGUAAAAUGUUAUAAAAAAAUAAAAUAUUUACCUUCAUUUUCUCUGAUAAAUAUUGGCUUCUUAACCCAUUUAGUUUUUUUUUAAUAUCCUCCACCUUGCAACCUUUGCUUACUGUAUUUAUUAUUUCAGCACUUCGUUUAUAUGUAUCUAGUCUUUUAUUUCGAUUUUUGUAAUCCGGAUGUUGAUGAUUAUAUAACAUUUCGUAACUCUCAUAUUCGGAAAUUAAUAAUUUGGUCGCCGCAACGCACCAAACAAACUUAUUAUCCGCCAUAUUGCUUUGAAAUGGUCAAAUAUUUUAUCAAAUGUAAUCAUAUGUUAUUAAAUGCUAUAAAAGAUAGUUUAUAAAACAUAUUUUUUUUUAAAAGAAGUAACAUUACACUGUAAAAUAUUUUAUAAAAUUUCUUUUAUAGAAGAUCUUUGUCAAAUAUCUUUUAUAGUCUAAUACCGGCCUUAGCUAGGAAAAAUCCAAGGCCAAAAAAAAACUGUAAAUUAAGCAUUUAGUGUGAAAUUAAUCUCUUAAGUUAUUUCAACGAUGGUAUUAUAAAUGGCAACUGUUGUGUGGUUGUGUGACAGUUAAAUGUACUUAAAUGUUUGUUGUUGUUAUCGUAUUUUUAAUAGUAAUUUUGUACCCUAUCGAAACAAUUUAACUCAGUAAAACAUGCAAUUUUAUUGGCACACACUGGUGUGCAUAUAAGUUAAACGUGUUGCCAAUAAUGUUUAGAAGCCUUGUUAUAAAUAUGUUGUGCCAAGGUGCACCCGAGAUCAUUGUCAAAAUUGUAAGACUUAAGGUUUGUUCUCACUGCAAAUUUCUUACAAGUUUGAAACUGUUUUCAAACCAUUUUUGAUGCGCAUGCGUAAAAUAUUACAACUUCUGAUCGAUUUGAAACCGUCUGUGCGAACAUCAAAUACGGGUUGAGUUGAGAAGAAAAAUAACCUCACUUUUUUAUGCCAGUGGGAAAAGGGCAAUAAAAUAAAACAUAAACAAACAAAAAAUUACAGUACAACCUUAAAAUAGCUGUAUAUUAUUAUUAGAGUUUAAGAUUGUGUGAUUAUUUGCUACUUCAGGGCUUACUCUAAAAUGGUCGAGAAAUUCUAUUCUAUUAAAUUGGGACACAGUUUCAUCAAAAUAGUUUUGAUUUUCGGGCCUUAUCCGUUCUUUAAGUAAAUCUUCUUUAAAAGUCUGUGUCGGAAUCAACAUAACUCAGAUUCAAGAAAAUUCUGAUCAGAUUCUUCCGACGAUUCAAAAUCACUUAUUUCCUUAAUGUGUAUUUUUAGACUAAUCCAACAAUUUAAAAUACAAUUUUUCAAAACGAAUAUCAGGGACUAUACAAAACGACAAAAUACAAACAACAAUUUAGAGGUUAUGUUCAUAUUCCGAAGAUCGGCGUUGACUGGCUACACGAAUUCUCUGACACUUUACUUGAAAUAAAUCCGAAAACAAGUCUGACUAUCAGAUGACAAUCAGAAAUUUGUGUAAGAACAUCAAACUUUUGAUUUGAAAUCGAUCAGAAGUUUCUGUGCGAACGCAUUUUACUCUAUUGCGCAUGUGUAUUUGUCGAAAACUUGUUUCUUACUGCUGUGAGAACAAACCUUUAAUCUAAUGUAAAUAUUGUAAGAAUAUAUUAUAUAAAACAUUGUAAAUAUACACUAUUUAUUUUACAA